AUGGCAUUACUGAAAAAAAUCGCUUUUCUGUGUUGUUGUCGUAGUGCAAGUAUCCUUGGAUUUGAUGUCAUGAUGUCACUUGCCAACAUUAACAGCGACAAAAACGUCAACAAAAAUUACAUCAAUGUAAAUAGCAAUGACAUAAGUGAUGGAAUGGACGAGAAUGACAUCAACAUAGAUCAUCUCAUCAACAAAAACAUCAUAAACAUUUACCCAAAAAACAGCAUUGAGAUCAAAAACAACAACAACAUCAUCAAUAACAACAACAGCAGCCAAAACAACAUAGUCAUUAUUAACAACAGCACAGACAACUCUAAAAAUGACAUUAUUAACUACACGAAUGCAAAAAAUGUCAUUAUAGAUUUAAGUAAUAAAAAUAUAAGCGUGCUCAUGAAAGAUAAUAAAAACAAUAACAAAACAAUUGGUUAUGACGUCAUUGUCAGCAACAACAAUCAAAAUAACAAUAAGGUGUAUAAAGCGGAAAUCAACAUUGAUGUAAUAAACAAAAGUAUGCUUAGCAUCAAAAACUAUAAUAUCUUUCCCGAAGAUUUCAGUGAAGAGAAUAUGAAAACUAUUGGCCACAGAUCUAAGAACGACGCAAAUUACAUUAACGAAAUCAUUAAUAACAACAUUAACUUCUACGACAACAUUAAAAACAUUACAAACAGUAGCAGCUAUAGUAUCAACAGUCAGUACAUCAUCAACAAAAAUACCGACGAAGAUUCUAGCACAGGUUACAUCAACAAAAUGGACGACAACAUCACUGAAAACAACAACAUUAACAACGACAACAUUAACAACAGCAUUAACAACAAUAACAACCACAUUAACAACAACAUUAACAACGACAACAUUAACAACAACAUUAACAAAAACAUUAACAACAAUAACAACCACAUUAACAACAGCAUUAACAAAAACAACAACAAUAUUAACAACAACGACAACAGAAAUAACAUCAACAACAGCAAUCAAGACAUCAUUGCCGCCAACAAUAGUAAUAACGACGACACAAACAUCCAUCUUUUACUGGACUACCAAAACGAUUCGCCACGACCACAACAACCACUGCUACUAUCCACAAGCACAUCUGUCGAUGAGCACUUAGCCAAAAAUCACUCAAAUUUUUUUCCAUAUUCUUACGAUGUACACUCAAUUGGUCACUUAGACAUCUGCGAUGCUGAAACAUUUGAGGCCGAAUGUCCAGUCAAUCACGUUAUUCUGCCACACCAUCAACCAAUCCUCACCAGAUGUCUGGAAGAUGCAUUCGGAUACGUUGGUUGCUACACGGAUGUCCUGACACUGGCAGACAAACAUUGCUCCGGCAAGAAUGGAUGCACCAUACAUGUUCCGAACGCUGAGUUCGAAAGCACAAGACCCUGUUUGAAAGACUUGAAAUCAUUUCUUAGGAUCAGCUAUGACUGCGUGCCAAGUUAG